AUGCCCAAAUCAAAGAGAGCAAAACUCGUUCAUUUGACUGCAACUUUGAAGAAGGGAAAGGAACAGAAAGAACAAUUAGUUGAUACCAUCAGGAAGGCUGUCGAUGAUUAUAAGUUUAUUUGGUUAUUUCAUACAGAGAGUUCGAGAAAUGGUCCUAUAAAACGUGUACGAGCUGAGUGGAGCUCGAGUAGAAUAUUCUGGGGUAAAAACAAAGUAAUGGCUAUAGCUCUCGGUACAACGCCAGAAUCAGAAUAUCAAUACAAUCUCCGCCUCAUCUCUCAAUGCUUAACGGGAGAGGUUGGUUUGCUAUUUACAGACAUGCCAGUAGAUAAAGUACUUUCGGAUGCAAAGAUGUUUACGGAAUCGGUCUAUGCACGUACUGGGUUUAUUGCGACUGAGACAAUAGUGAUUCCAGAGGGACCGGUAAUAUUGGGAGAUGCGCCGAUACCGCAUAGCAUGGAACCACAACUAAGGAAACUGGGAAUGCCAACUAUUUUAAAGGACGGUGUUGUAAUUCUGCCAGUAGAUUAUGCUAUCUGUCAAAAAGGGAAUGAAUUGAGUGCUAAUCAAGCGCAUUUGUUGCUUUGA